AUGCCUGCGCAGAGGAGGUCCGGCCUGGAGAAGCCGGACUCGGGGAGGGCGGACGAGCCCAAGGGAGAGAAACUCGUGAAAGUUGAACUACGCGAGCCAGAGUCAAGCAAGGAGGAUGUGCUCAGAAAAAACAGAAUCAAAGACAAAAUAUUCGAGUACGACCGAGCUUUUGGUCAAGACUCCACGCAGGAAGAGGUGUACGCGGCGACCGCCAAGCCCUUGGUGCAGGACGUGUUGAAUGGGUACAACGCGACGGUGUUUGCGUACGGCGCUACGGGAGCGGGCAAGACUUACACGAUGGUGGGGCACGAGGGGCAGAUAGGCAUCAUGGUGCGCGCACUCAACGACAUCUUCCAGUACAUGUCCAGCAACAGAGACCCCAACCUAGCAAUUAAGAUCUCCAUGUCGUACCUGGAGAUCUACAACGAGAACAUCCGGGACUUGCUGCAACCUUCUUCAGGCACGCUGGAGUUGAGGGAAGACGCGAAAACUGGCGUCAUCCAAGUGGCGGGACUGUCCAAGACCUCAACCACCUCAACUGCUGAGGUGAUGGACCUUCUGACGAAGGGCAACAAGGUGCGCAUUUGUGAGUCUACAGCCGCCAACAAAACCUCCUCCCGCAGCCACGCCUUGCUACAGGUUACGAUAUCGCAGAAGCUGCAAGGAGGUGAGAAGGCUAAAGUGAAAGUGGGCAAACUCUACAUGAUUGACCUGGCGGGGUCAGAACGAGCCAAACAGACGGAGAACAAGGGUAAGCGGUUGCAGGAGGGCGCGUACAUCAACAGAUCGCUGCUGGCGCUAGGCAACUGCAUCAACGCUCUGGCUGAGGGCAAGGCGAAGUAUGUCAACUACAGAGACUCUAAGCUCACGCGCCUGCUGAAGGACGCACUAUCAGGAAAUUGUCGUACUGCGAUGAUCGCGCACGUGUCGCCUUCAUGACUAGACAUGGACGGGGACGACGACUCAGACGACGAGCCAGACGAGGUGUCGCAGGCGUGGGAGGACCUGGUCUACCUACAGAAGGAGCAGCAGCGCUACACGGAGAUGCGCGAUAAGGUCGAGCAAGAGAUGCUACAGUGCAAGGCGAGAGGCCAGCAAGUCGAGGAGGAGCUGCCAGACGCGAUCAACAGCGAUGAACAGCGGGAGCUGCUGUCCCUGCUGUGCAAGGUACACGAGCUGGAGAUCCAGAAGAUGGAGAUGGAGAGCGAGGCUGUGCUGAAGGAGCACGAGCUGCAGCGCCGGGACCUCAUGAUCCUGCGCUACGACCGCCAGCGCUCCCUCUGCGAGGAGAUCAUCACGCGACAGCGGCAGAUGCUCGAAGGAAUCAAAGGGGAAACUGACAUGAGUCCUAUUAUGCCGGCGGAGCUGCAGGAGCUGUACAACAUGUACCAGCAGGAGCUUCAGUACACCAACGUCGAGCGCGACUCCCGCUACCUGAAUGAGCUGAACAGCAUCUACAGGUCUCCCAGCAUGCAAUCGCUUCGACAUCCGUCGGCAGAUCACCUGCCUCCCAUACAGAACUCCAGCUCCGGGAACGAGCCCGACCGUCUGUUCAGAGCGCGUCGGCACAGCAUCGGCAGCCUGCAGAGCUUGCGUAGCCCUAACAGUUCCGCAGGCGCGGCUAAAGGUGGCGAUGUUCUACCGCCAAUCGACCGUAAUCGCUCCAAUAGCCUGAUUGGCGUGGACGGCCAGCCAAUAUCUCCGAAGCUCUUCAACUGGCCAGGCCGCGAAUCACCUUCUGAUCAGCGGCCUCGGUCCACCAUACCGCCCAUCCGUCCCACCUUCCGCGACUAUUACCCCCACUUAGCGUCGGAGAAAUCGAGCUUUGGUUCGGCCUCAUCGUCCCUGCCUGCCUCGUCGAGCGUGAGACGCGUGCUUCUGCCACCCAUCAAGCCCAGCAUCAGCAGCUGUGAAGUCUUCUCGGGCGCCGAGCUACAAAGGAAGAUGCAAGCGCUUACCUACACCAACCUCGCCAUCAAGCCGCGCUCGCACCGUCUCAACCAGCUGGACCGGGCUGACAAGCUCCCCCUGCGCUCCCCUCCUCUCGUGCCUAGCAUCUCAAGAACGCCGAGACUGUCUAUUAGUGACGACGAGCUAUCCACCAUUGAUCUGCCCUUAAGUCCACCCCCCAAGACAGACAGAUCGCGACCUAAAGACCGGAACAAACCAGCGUCCAAGUCUAUAGGUCCUUCCCCGUCAUUGGCGCAGAACAUCAGGUCAAACCAACCCAAAACUUUAAAGAAAACAACGCCGAGAGGAAACUCUGUCCCAAGAACCACGAAGCUCGGAGUGGCAGCGAUCGCAGGUCGUGGGGCGCCCAGGGCCCCCCAGGCCCCCAAGAAAGCCCCCGUCGGUGUGGGGAACACGGCUAGAAAUUCAGGAGAUUAUUUAAACAGAAGAAGAAGAAGCAAAUCGCACGACGCCUUCAACUUCGCCGGCAUCGCACGGUAGCGAUGACAGCGCAGCACGAGACAAAAGUUCAUCCGAUAUAUUCUUUGGCGUUCCUUUACGUCUGUUUUAAUAGAAUAUCUCAUUUAUUAUGAUAACAAAUUUAGUUUUUCUUCACCUGUUCAGCUUCAUCGUCAGCCUAACGAAAUGUAACUGUUUCAUUUUAUGUGUACAAAGAUUGGAUUUUA